GGCCUUUUCCGGACGCUUCUUUCUCCACCGUCUCUUCUUCCCUUAUUUCUCAGCUUCCAUCGAUUCCCCAAUCACCGAUUUCCAUAUCUUUCAUUUCUAGUCACCAUUUUUCUUCUCAAUUCGAAGAAGAAGAUCGAUUACAGGAGGAGAAUAGACAAAAAGACGCUACCUUUUAGAUGGGGAAAAAGAGGAAGUCGGUGGCGACGAGUCUCGAUGAGGUUGAUCGGACCAUGUAUUCAGCUUUCUGUAGCGCUGCAAACUCCCUAUCGCAGCUCUACACUCAAGCCACGCAUCAACAAAAGCUGACCUUUCAAGCCGGUGAACGCCAUGGUCUGGAAAAACUUUAUCAAUGGAUUCUGAAACAGCAAGAAGAAGGAGCGAGAUUGAACAAUGUUGACAUACUCAGCUAUCUGCAGACUGAAUUGGACUACCAUGGAGAAGAACCAUCAUCCUUAUCGCCAAGGGCAGCAAACCCUAAUCAAAACCAUCAGCCCCUAAUCCCAAUGAAUGUACCAAACUCUAGUUUCUUAGUUUCUUCAGGCCCAUCACCUCCUGGACAAGGGUCUCGCUCUGAGAACAGUGAUCAUCAAUCCAAGAACUAUGUUUUCUCCAAUGCCUUGUCAAGCCCUGUUCGUAGAAGUAUCCAGAAUUAUCAAAGUCAAAACUCCCGGGCAAGCUACAAUCAUCCUCAGCUUAUUACCCCAAAUGGGUUCAGGAACAAUGAUACCAACCUUCCCCAGAACCAGAACCGAGAUAUGAAUCCUUCCAAUUCUAACGAUUCUUCAAUGGAUAUGCAUCCUGAUGAUAGUCCAAGUCACGAUACAACUUAUUGAAGCUUUUGUCAUGAAUUUGCAACAAUGCCCAUCAAAAUGGUAUGGUGAUGGCUUGCUUGUAAGUGUGCUAAGAACUGCUGGUCUUCUUCUGUGAGAGUAGAAUACAAGAUUGUUUCUUUUUUACUCAAAAUUGUUAUUGUAAAGUUAUGCUUCACUUUCUUUAGGUUUGAAAUACUUUGGCCUGGUGUCUUACAGUUUGGUCUUUGUUGAUGAUAACUAUAUGGUUUUUGGAGUAAUUAUUAUUAUGUGUUUGGAA